AUGAGUAAUGUUCCAUAUACUUUCAACAAAAAAAGGAAUGUAGAUAAUGUUGAUGAGGGAGUAUCGAAUAUUGUGGAAUUUGAUAUCACAAAACUUCCAGCUGAUCCUGGUCUAAGGAUACCCAUUUUAGAUUACAAUGCUAACAUCCGAGAUGAAGUUCGAAGAGCAUAUAUGUUAAAGGGUUCUUGUUAUAGUUUGUAUUGUUAUCUUUUCAGAACAAGUUCUCGAGAGCAGGUUGGAGGUGAGUCUUUUGUUGGUGAAGUUUUCUACAAACAGUCAGAACAAGCAAGAAGUGCAUAUGUUACACGUCUUAAUGCAUCCGUUGAUUGUGUUCGAGUUCUUUUGAGACAAGAGCACUCAUUUCGAGGUCAUGAUGAAUCUGAGGAUUCUCUCAAUCUAGUUAUUAAUGCCGUCACAUUGGGAAAUGCUCCUCACAAUUGCAAAUUGACAUCACUUGAUGUUCAAAAGAAUAUAGUAAAUGCUCGUGCUAUUAAAACGAUCAAUGUUAUUAUAAAAAAUGUCGGCGACUCACUAUUUUCUAUUCUAGUUGAUGAAUCUCGUGAUGUGUCAAUGAAAGAGCAAAUGUCUAUUGUUUUACAUUAUGUAGAAAAUAGUGGGCAUGUCAAUAAACGCUUCUUAGGGAUUGGACAUGUUACAAGCACCACGACUCUAUCACUUAAGGCUGCAAUUGAUAAAGUAUUUUCUAGAUAUAACUUGAGCACGUCUAGAUUGAGAAGACAAGGUUAUGAUGGAGCAAGUAAUAUGCAAGAUGUAUUUACAAUGAUUGCUGAAGAUGAAUCUUAUUCUUGUGAUAAAAAAUCUUAUGCAAGAAAUUUAUUGGAAUCGAUACAAAAAUUUGAUUUUCCAUUUAAUCUACAGUUGAUGAGAAGUGUCUUGGGGAUGUCAAAUGAACUGUCGAAGGCAUUGCAAAGGAAGAUCAAGAUAUUUGAAUGCAAUGCAAUUGGUGAGAUUGUGCAAACGAUGACUCCAAAUAAUGAGAGACGAAGGGUGGGACUUCUUUUUGGAAGAAAUAUGUUCUUUUUGUCAACAACAUUACAUUCAUAUUUACAACUUCAAGAAUUGAAUGAUCGUUUCUCGGAGGUAAAUAAAGAGUUACUCCUUUGUGUAGCUUGUUUAUGUCCACAAGAUUCAUUUUCUUCUUUUAACAAGAAAAACUUGAUUCGACUUGCUGAACUUUAUCCAUUAGUUUUCUCUACAGUAGAUGUCAUUGUACUUAACGAUCAAUUUGAAACUUAUAUUUUUGACAUGAGCUCUGACAAAGAGUUUGAAGUGUUAAUGACCUCGGUGAUCUUGCGGAGAAUUGCUACUACUACUGUGGAAAUAGUAUUUUCUGCAAUGAGCAUCGAAAAAGAUAAAUUGCGCAAUCGGAUGGGUGAUCAAUGGAUGAAUGAUAGCACAAUUCUUUAUGCUGGCAAUACAAAUCUUUGUCAGAAUAAAAGGAGUUACAAGGAGUCCCUACAAUCAUGGAGAGAUAAGGAAGAAGAUCCUCACAUUCAAAGUGAUAAAGCCACAUGUUCAUAUACUGGUAGUGUGUUGAGUGAUAAAAGAAACCAAGGAUGA